GCUUUCCUCACGUCUCCUUCCUACGGUUCCCCAGCUCUGCAAUUCACCCUGCCUUUGAGGACAUUCUGCCAGUCAUUUAUCAGAACAAUCUAACGCACACUGCUUCGAUAUUUGGUGUGCAAUAUCUUGUGCUAUGUCUUCCUACACAUAUCCUUCACUUCCGCUCAAGGUCGACAAUAUUCGCCUACUUCAUAUAUUGCCAAAUAAAAACAAGGAUGCGGACUUGCAAUGCAAGCUUCGCAACUAUUCCCUACAGAAAUUAGGUUCAGGAACUCAUUUGUACGAGGCUUUAUCAUACGUAUGGGGCGACCCAGACAACCCUCAGCCUAUCUACAUAAACAAAAUGAAGUUUUCUGUCAGGGCAAACCUGUACGCUGCGCUAUUACAGCUUCGAGAUCACUCUUUUAUACGAAUCAUAUGGGUAGAUGCUGUUUGCAUCGACCAAGAAAACCUAGAGGAGCGGCGUCAACAGGUUCAGAUUAUGGCGAAGAUCUAUAGCAACGCACAUCGUGUUUUUGUUUGGCUCGGAGAUGAAACAGUAGAAAUAAAGGGGGCUCUGGAGGAUAUACGACUUGCUGCCGAUGAAGAAUAUACGGAACACUCGAAGAAAGAAACGAAGCAAACAAUUCUCAAGCUGCUUGAACAGGAAUGGUUCCAACGCAUUUGGGUACUUCAAGAGGUUGCUGCGGCUCGACAUGUCGUAAUGAUGUGUGGUUCUACGCAGAUUGACGGACACGCGUUCUGCUUGGGACUUAAGUCAUUAAAGCUCUCUUAUAUGGCCUCUCCGAAUUUGCAGACUGUCUCUUCAGUGGUCUACCUGAUAGAGCGCGCUGGUCUUCGAUCCAAACAUAUAUCAAAUUUGCCAAAGAGCUCCUUACUAAACAUUCGUUGUUUAGUUGAGCUGAUAGACAUGUUCCAUACCCGUGGAGCUACCGAUGUCCGCGAUAAAGUCUAUGCUUUACUUGGUAUGAGCUCUGACUAUCCCGAAAAAACUAGUUUACGACCUAAUUAUCAGCUUCGGUGGGAAGAGCUCUUCAAGGACCUCGUCAAAUUCGUUCUCGGUAGCGAUGUAUCCAUGGAGAUUUGCGGUACUGAGGAGAAGGCGUUGGCAUUGAUUCAGAAAAAGGGUUGUGUUCUUGGCCAGGUGUCCCGUAUAGAAGACGAUGGCAAACAGAAUAUGAAAAUCGCAUUCAAAUCCCAAAACGCAGCUUGGUGCUUCGGCAACGAGAUAGAAUGGACUCUUCUGGCGUCGGCGAAAUCCAUCCGACUGCGUGAUAUCGUCUGUCUCCUACAAGGAGUUUCAAAGCCUAUGAUUAUUAGGCCAUAUAAAGAUCACUUUGUCAUUGUUAUGAUUGCAGCUACUACUCCUAACAAGCGCGAAAGUUUUCAACUGGAACUUUCCGAUUCGAUAACAUACUUCCCGCGUAACUUCCCGCUUGUCUGGAACUGGGAACCGCUCCUGGAAGACUGGCAAGAUCGAGAAGAAACAAAGAAUUGGGUGUCUUCAGUCAAAACGACUGGAACAUGGAACGUUGCGCUAAUACGAGGGGACUUGGAGAAUUACGAAAUGGCACAAAUGAGGUUUCGAGAAGUAAUUGAGAGCUAUGAGACGGCGUUUAGAGAAGAGAAUCCGUAUAUGCUAAAAGGUAAAUACGGUUUAACGCCACUAUUAUGGGCUGCAAGGAACGGACCUGGAUUUAGAAGAUUCUCAAUAUGGUCAAACAUCGCUAUUAUGGGCAGCUGA